UUUGCCACAAGAGGGAGGCAUAGCAACAAUCUCACUGCGAGAUAAAAAUGGCGCUGGAAACAUGUAUAGCUUUUUUAUUAGCAGACAUGUACGAUGCUGAAGAUAUCAUGCUAUUUAACAAAAAUGCGACUCGCAAACGUCGGAGAGCCAGUAGCGUGAAGCUGAAAAAUGAAGAAAGUGUUCAAGUUAAUCUGAAAAGAGAAGAUGAUGAUGGAAAAGUGGUUUUCAAUGCCGUGCUGCAAAGCUUGACUAUCAGUGACUUUAAGAGUCACUUCCAGCUGACGCCAACUCAAACUGAGGAGUUGGUGCAGCUGCUGGCACCGUGUAAAUGGGCUGCCAUUAGGCAAGAGGACUGGACCGUGUGGCAUGCGGUUCUCUCCAGUCUGUGGACUCUUUCUACCCAGGAGUCCUACCAGAGUGUGGCAAAUCGCUUCCACGUUGCAGAGUCUCUCAUCUGUGAUCAGAUGGAUGAAUUCUGCACACUUGUUACUACCAACUUAGCUAAUCAUAUUCACUGGCCUCAGGCGGAGGAAGCGGAUAUGUGUGUGAAGGGGUUCUUUUCGGCUGUGGGGUUACCAGAUACUCUUUGUGUAGUAGGAACACGUUUGAUUCCUAUCAUGAAGCCAACUGAUGUACCAGAUUCAGAGGUAUAUAGAGACACAGAAGGGGCGUAUUUUGCCAAACUCAUGGCUUUUUGUGAUCACAAGGGUCGAUUUACUUACGUAUCUGCAGAGCAUCCUAUAAACUGGCAUAACUCAAGAGUCCUCUCAGCCACAGAGGUUGGGAAGGCAUUACAGGAAGACCCGGUGGCUCUGCUACAUGGCAAACACAUCUUAGGUGACUCCACCUUCCCACUUACAGAGCACGUUCUAACUCCUUUUCCUGAUUAUGGAACGUUUGGACAGAAAAAGGUAUGUUAUAACCAGAAAGUGAGGUCAGCUCUUGCAGUGGUGCAAGGCUCCAUACAUACUCUGAGAUCUUGUUUUCAGAGGCUUGGGUGUCUGCAGAAGCACUCCGUUUGCCAAACCAGUUUGUCAGUGAAAGCAUGCUGCAUUUUAUACAACAUGUACCUAGAAACCUAUAAUGUGAUAGUGGACUGCAUGGAUGAUGAUAUACCACAGAAACCUUUCCAUGAACUACCCUACGGACACUCUGGAAGUCUUGGUGGAAUAUCUAAAAGACAAGACAUUGCAGCCUCACUCGGGCGAACGGCUAAAAAAAGAAAAUCCAUGCAUAAUUAGAUUAUUAUUUUCAGUGUUGCAUAUGAUGCAUGUUAUACAGUGUUCAGCAUAUAUAAGUACACCCCUUACAAAUAUCUCUUUUAAAUUC